GAAAGACAAAGACAGAGUUUAUUGAAGGACAGUGUGAAGAUGAGUGACCCAGAACCCUGCAGAAUUAAACAGGAAGACACUGAAGAACUAAUAGGUGUAAAAGUGAAGGAGGAGAGUGAAGCGCCGAGUGAAGAUGAGGAGAAACAUCAUGUCAAAAGUGAAGAAGAAACUCACACAAGCACUGAACACAGUGUUUUGCUGAACAGCACAGCUGUAAACGCUUUCGCCUGCACUCAGUGUGGAAAGAGUUUUGGGCGCAAAUACGAUCUCAAGCGUCACAUGAAGAUCCACACUGGAGGGAAAGUGUACAAGUGUUCACACUGCAACAAGACAUUCCAUAAGCUGGUACAACUGAGGGCGCACAAGAAGAUUCACGCUAAAGAGAAACUGUUUCUCUGCAUCGCUUGUGGGAAGCGUUUCAGGGAUUUAAUUUCUCUUCGAAGACACACGUACAAAUAUCACGAGCUGAGUGAAGACAUCGAGACUUACUUAAAUGUUCAUUCAAAAAUGAAGCUGUUUUCGUGCUCUUCGUGUGGAAAGAGUUUCGAUAGUCCACACGGUUUAAGAAAGCAUCAGAUGAUCCACACUGGAGAGAAACUUUACAAGUGCUCACACUGCGACAAAACAUUCAAUGACUCAGGAGGUCUGAAAGCACAUGAGAUGAUUCACACCGGAGAGAGACCGUACACGUGUACUCAGUGUGGGAAGAGUUUCACACGAUUGUCAAGCCUUAAACGACACAUGAUGAUCCACACUGGAGAGAAACCGCACCAAUGUGAUCAAUGCGGCAAGACAUUUUCGAAGCCGUCAGAGCUGAAGUAUCAUCUUACAGUUCAUCAAGAGGAGAAGCCUUAUUCAUGCUCCGAGUGUGGGAAGAGUUUUAAAAGAAAGCCAGGGUUAAGAAAACAUGAGAAGAUCCACGCUGGAGAGAAACUUUUCAAGUGUUCACACUGCGACAAGAAAUUCUGUAAGCGUGGACAACUGAGAGCACACAAGAAGAUUCACACUAAGGAGAAACUGUUUCUCUGCAUUGCUUGUGGGAAGCGUUUCAGGGAUAUAUUUAAUCUACAAAGACACACACAAAAAUUUCACGAGAUCAAUGAAGACAUGAAGAAUUACUUAAGCGUUCAUUCCAAGAUGAAGCCGUUUUCGUGCUCUUUGUGUGGAAAGAGUUUCAAACGUCCAGACAGUUUAAGAAAACAUCAGAUGAUCCACACUGGAGAGAAACCCUACAAGUGUUCACACUGCGACAAGACAUUCAGUGAGUUAAGGAAACAGAAAACACAUGAGAGGAUUCACACGGGAGAGAAACCGUACACAUGCACUCAGUGUGGGAAGAGUUUUAGACUAUCAUCAAGCCUUAAUCUACACAUGAUGAUCCACGGCGGAGAGAAACCUUACAAGUGUUCACACUGCGACAAAACAUUCAAUGAGUCGGGAAAACUGAAAGCUCAUGAGAGGAUUCACACGGGAGAGAAACCGUACACCUGUACUCAGUGUUGGAAGAGUUUCAGACUAUCAUCAAGCCUUAAUCUACACAUGAUGAUUCACACUGGAGAGAAACCGCACCAAUGUGAUCAAUGCGGCAAAGGAUUUCCAAGGCCUAAAGAGCUGAAGAGGCAUCUUAGAGUUCAUACAAUGAAGAAGCCUUAUUCGUGUUCUGAGUGUGGAAAGAGUUUUACACUGCAGUCAAGUUUAAAAAGACAUCAGAAGAUCCACACUGGACUGAGAGAGCAUGUGUGCUUUGAGUGUGGGAAGAGUUUUACCACAGCUGAACAUUUGAUAGAGCACCAGAGGACUCACACUGGAGAGAAACCAGAUAUGGAGUGUGGGAAGAGCUUCACACAAUCAUCAACUUUUAAAGAAGACAUGGAGAGAAAAUAAUGAGGCAAGGCAUUUUUAAUGGCUGCAGAGCUGAAGGAACAUCUUAGAGUUCAUAUAAAGGAGAAGCCUCAUGACAAUGCUUUCAAGACAUUUUUCAGCAUUCAUACUCGAGUGUUUUUUCUGAGGAUGAGCAGAGUGAAUGUGCACAAAAUCACUCCCUGAGGUUAGAUGGUGCUUAAUGAACUUACAACUUCUGAAAGGAAAGUGAAACUCACCAUCCAGUUUUAUUUGAUCUGUUUUCGACUCUUCUAAAGCUUAAAUAUACCAUAAUAUGUUUGCAGAUAUUUAUGAAACGUGCUAAGUGAAUAUAUUUGUUCAUCUGAAAAACA